GCUGCUGUCAAGGCAUCUCAGCCCACCCAAUUCUUCUUAUGGAUAUAUAUAGUUUUUUCGUGCUCUACUCCAGGGGAACAUAUUGGGAAAAUAGCAGAAAGGAGGACGCUUUAUUCCUACAGACUAUUUUAAGGCGAUGGGUUCAUGUCUGUUUUUUCCCUGUGUCAUAUUUUUCCUGUGUCAUAUUCAAUUACUCUAUUAUAUAUGGUUAUCUGUACCUUCUCUUACUAACUCGGCCAAUAAGAACUGGGGUGGGGUUAUCCCCGUCAGGCUCUAUAGGCUUGUUUUUUGUUAGAAUUUACAUGUCCUGCCCAGGAGCAUGUGACGAGGAUAACUCAAUGAGAUGCCUUGACAGCAGCAACCAGAAGAAGCCUUCAGAUGGGCCCCUUGCUAGUGCUGAACUUUCCCCCAGAUAUGGAACUGUUGUGAGAGGGAAUAGGAGGGGCAAAAGUCCUUGUUUCUGAGUUGUUCAGCUGUCAUUGCAGUUAAACCAGUGAAUCUCUGGAUCCAGGGGGAAUGUAUGUUACACCAGUAGAUUAAGCUGUCUGUAUGUUUUGGAGGAUCUGUUCUUUCAGCUGCCAGCCCUUAUGGAAUCCUUUUAAGUUGGACGUGCAAACAUCGAUAUCUGGCUAUAGGCUGUAGGAGAAUCUUGCUUUCUAAAGAGUGGAGCCAGCAAGCAGAAGCUAUGGCUGCCUGCACUGCACAACAUCCAAGAGCGCUUUUUGCCAAGACAGAAACUGUGGUCUUUUGCCAAGAACAGCCCCGGAUUGGAAACCCAUACCUGGAAGAUGCUUUUCUUCAGGGUUACCUGAAAUCGUAUCUACCUUCCAAGGUGUUCACUGAGGUCAGUGUGGACCUUGAAAGGUUUGGGGCUCGUGUGAAGGAUGAAAUUGAUUCCCUGGGACGAGAAUGUGAGUUAACCCCACCCAAGUUGCAGCAGUUUGAUGCCUGGGGACAACGCCUGGACCAAAUUAUAACCUGCCCAGCGUGGAAGAGGAUGAAGGAGAUUUCUGCUGAGGAGGGAUUGAUUGCUGAGGCUUAUGAGCGGAAAUACUCCAGCUGGAGCCGUGUUUACCAGAUUGCCAAGUUGUACCUGUGUGCACCUUCCGCUGGACUCUUUACAUGCCCCCUGGCCAUGACAGACGGAGCAGCAAAAGUUAUUGAGUCCUUGGGUAUCCCCAGGCCAUUAGAAGAAGCCUAUAGCCGCCUGACAUCACGUGAUGCCAGAAAGUUCUGGACCUCUGGCCAGUGGAUGACUGAACGCAGAGGGGGCUCUGAUGUUGCAAAUGGCACUGAGACGGUGGCCCGAAAGCUGCCUGAUGGCACCUACAGCCUCCAUGGCUUGAAAUGGUUCACAUCAGCUACAGAUUCAGACAUGACUCUGACGCUGGCAAGGAUCAUGACUGCUGAAGGGCAAGUAGAACAGGGCUCCAGAGGCCUUUCCCUGUUCUAUUUGCAAGUGCGUGAUGAAAACGGGAAGCUGAACGGGAUUGAGAUACAGCGGCUAAAGGAGAAACUGGGCACGAAGCCAGUGCCAACUGCCGAGCUGGCCUUAGAUGGAGCGCGGGCACAUCGGAUCUCCACAGAGGGCCAAGGUGUGGCCUCCAUUGCCAACAUGCUAACCAUCACCAGGGUCCAUAAUGUCGUCUCUGCAGUUGCUUACAUGAAAAGGAUGAUCCAGAUGGCAAGGGACUAUGCCACCAAGAGGAAAGCUUUUGGAAAGGCCCUGAAGGAGCACCCCUUGCAUAUGCAGACCUUGGCGCGAAUGGAGGUGCAAGCCAGAGGGGCCUUCCUCCUGCUGAUGGAGAUAGCCAGGCUGCUUGGGCUAGAAGAAACCAGCAUGGCUACUACCCAGGACCUGCACAUGCUUAGGCUGCUGACGCCCCUUGCAAAGCUUUACACGGCGAAACAGGCUGUUGCUGUUACCUCGGAAGGGCUGGAGUGUUUUGGAGGGCAGGGCUACAUGGAAGAUACAGGUCUGCCAGCUGUUUUCCGAGAUGCCCAGGUGAUGACAAUCUGGGAAGGGACGACCAAUAUCCUCUCGCUGGACGUCCUGCGCUCCCUUGUCAAGAGCCAAGGGAAAGUGUUGGAUGCGUUUCUCUCUUCAGCCCAGGCCAAACUGGAAGUGGCUUCCAGCUUUUCUGAACUGGAACCCGAGGUGCAAAUGGCUCAGAAUGCUCUCCAUAAGCUUGGACAGUUCAUUCAGAAAAUGAGCUCAAAGGGGGAGGCCGGGAUGCAGCUGGCGGCAAGAGACUUUGCCUACACUCUAGCCCGGAUCUAUGGAGGAGUGCUUUUACUGGAACAUGCUGCCAGGCCCAAUGCUUCCGCCGCAGACAUCUUCACUGCUCACAGGUGGUGUCACCAAGAUCUCUGCCCUGUAGACCAAGAAGACAAAGCUGGCUCUUAUGGUACUCAAGCAGCUUCUUUGAACACCUCUUUGGUCUAUGAUGUAAACCCAAUUCUGAAAGGAAAACUGUGACGAUCAAGAUGGUGACAGAUUCCAUGUGGUGGGUUUUGAAUGGGCACUGUGUGCAAAACUGUACUGCUCAACGGUAAAGUAACUCUGAAAGUUUA